AUGACCAUCGAUGACCAGAAGGCACUCCUUGACAGACCUGUUGGGGUUGAUGAUGAAGAGUCCAUGACCAAUUCAAAACACAUUCGUGUUGGCAAGUUGGCUCUCGCAUCGCUUUUACUAGCUUGCUUUCUCGCCAACGCGGAUGAAUCAUUUAUCCUUACUACAGGCAGUGAUGUCGCUGCCGCUCUAGAAGCCCCGGAUUAUACUUCGUGGCUUAUUACUUCUUAUAACCUGGGAUACACAACUGCACUUCCAUUGCAUGGCCAAGCAUGCGAUUUAGCUGGACCCAAAAAGGCAAUUCUUAUCGCAUUAGUGCUAUAUGGAUUCGGUUGUAUUUUAACUGGAAUCUCGGGUUCAAUCCACCUUGCCCUCGCCGGUCGGGUUAUCUCAGGAAUCGGCGGUUCAGGGAUGGUUGAACUUGUCUCUGUUCUGGUAAACGGUAUGUCAAUCUGUACUUUGAGCAUGGCUUUCUUGAAAGAUCGCUUGACUAAGACUCCGAACCAAACUACAGAAAUGGGCAGCUUUCAUCAAGUUGCAGUGUUGCGCUCUUACGUUACCACGUCUUCCAUAAUAGGAAUCACUUGCGGUGCUCCUUUGGGUGCACUUCUCACUACUUCCCUUGGCUGGCAAUGGGCAUUUUUGAUACACGCCCCAUUUGCGAUCCUGUGCAUCGCCGUCAUUUCACUUUCACUUAAGAUUAAGAAGCCACAGUCUAAUGUUUCCACUGGGCAAACAUAUGGCUCAAUCGACACGACCAAGGAUGCUGGCGCUACUUUGAAGACGAAGUCUUUUGACAUUGCAGGGCUCGCCCUUCUCAUGACCGCAAUUGUAUGCUUGCUCGGUCUAAUUCAAGUGGUCCCAGCGCAAGAUAUGGAGAAUAAGUCAACCGCCUUGGUUACUCUGGGGAUCGCCUUCUUGGCAUUGUUUGGCGCGUUCUUCAUCAACGAAGUCUAUGUGGCCACAAACCCAUUAAUCCAUAUGUACCUUCUCAAGCCACACAAACUUGGCUUGAUUUAUGCUGCGCAGGUGCUCAUUGGAGUGACCAACUCUGCUGUAAGGCCCCUUGAAUUUUAUCAACGCCACUCUCUGAACGGAAUUCUCACUCUUGCCUGUUCAUAG